UCAUAUUUGGCACUGUUUUGUCUUUUUUCUUUCUUUAAGAUCUUUUCUACCCUGAGGGCAAAGCAAACCACUAUUUGAGUGAGACGUGCUGCUCUGAAGGUAUGCUCUGAGCAGAUAGUCCCUCAUAAGCAGCUCAGUUUUUGAAUUCUUUACUGGAUUUCAGCCUGAUUGAUUUUGAAAAUGACUACGGAGUUUCCAGACUACGAUUACAGUUCAGAGACGGGCGUAUAUCCAUCUGAGGAGCCCGGGCCUUGCAACCUUGACCUUGACCCUUUGGAAACUAUCACACAAACUUACAUCCAUUCCAUCAUCUGCGCUUUUGGCCUGAUUGGCAACUUGCUUGUGAUCGUCACCUACAUUUUCUAUAAGAGGACCAAGACUAUGACGGACGUCUUUCUCUUCAACGUGGCUCUGGCCGACCUGCUCUUUGUGGUGGCCCUGCCGCUCAUCAUAUACAACGAACAGCACAGUUGGGCAAUGGGUUCUGUGUCAUGCAAGAUCCUACAGGGCGUCUACAGCAUCAACCUGUACAGCGGCAUGCUCCUGCUGGCGUGCAUUAGUGGUGACCGCUACGUUGCCAUAGUCCUGGCCAGACGCUUCUUCGGCGCUCACUCGAACACCCUCAUCUACAGCCGCCUUGUCUGCUCAGUUGUUUGGAUGUUUGCGGUGGCUUUAUCCCUCCCUACAGUCAUCUUCACGGAACGGUUUGAAGAAGAAAACCUGGGUGUCCAGAUUGUGACAUGUCAGCUGUGUAUCAAUCACAAUGAGACAGUAAAGGUGAUGAAGGUGCUGGUGCCCACCCUUCAAGUGGCCAUAGGCUUCCUCUUGCCUCUUUUGGUUAUGGUGUUUUGCUACUCCAAAAUCAUCUGUACCUUGCUGAGAGCCCAGAGCAGCCAAAGGCACAAGGCGGUCCGUGUGGUUUUGGCGGUGGUCGUGGUCUUCAUUAUUUGCCACCUCCCCUACAACACGACUUUGCUGACCCACACCCUGGUCCUGUUCAAGGAGCGAGGUUGUGAGGCAGAGAGGAUGAGACUCAAAGUCCUGGCUGUUACCAGGAGCAUUGCCUACCUCCACUGCUGUCUUAAUCCCAUCCUCUACGCCUUCAUCGGGGUCAGAUUCAGGAGCCACUUUCGGCAAAUCCUGCAAGACCUGUGGUGCCUCGGCAAGAAGUACAUCUCUGGUCGCUCCUCACGCGGGACAUCUGAUCUUUCCAUCUCCGGUCAAAAGGCUACGAACGGCUUCAACAUCAGUCAACCACAUUCAUCGUUCAGUGCAUGAUACUCCGGUGGUUACCAGACCCUGAAAGGGAAUAGAUGGGCAGUGGUGGUGACACACCAGCCUCUGAUUUUAUUGUGGUGCAUGCCCAAACAAUCAAGUAUGUAAAAAGUAUCAAAGCAUUGAUGUUAUGUUCGUGAACAAUCCGAUUCUUUUGAAUGAAUGAUGGGAACCCAGCUGUAGGUGAAAGCUGUUCCUUUUAUUGCUGAGCCGAAAAUAAUCCACUGCCCUUUACAGAAAGUGACUGAAAACAGUCACAAGGACCAGCCGGAUUCCAGGAAGACCUGCCCCUACUCUGCCUCUGAUUGGCUAACAUUAACCCUAACUGUAAUCAACUUAACCCAAUGAAGGCAGCUAGUGGCAGUAGGUGGGAUGGCCAGGCAGACUCAGAGGUAGACGACGUGUUUGAAGCCAAAAAAAAAAAAAAAAAGGGCAAAUUAAAAAAUGGCAGCACUUUGAUGCACUUUGAUAAAGUGGAGUGCAAUAGCCGCAAAAAUAUUAUUUAAAGUCCCCCCAUCAUUCAAAAGAGCCGGUCGAUCAAAAAGAUCGGAGCCAUAAGAGCUGCUUCCCUUCAAAAAGCCAUAACUCCCAUCACUGUGUCAAAGUGUCCCACUCAUGUACAGUUACUUUACUGAAUUUUUACUUUAGUAGAGGUAAAAUGACUUCAGUGAAAAUGAAAAGUUGCUCGUUUAAAAUGUCAUUUAGUGAUAUCAUUUCAUGCUUCUGAGAGAUAUAAAAUUGCAAUUUCUUUUGUAAAGCCCUGCUUUUUUAAAAUGAGUCCACUUGGGCUUACAUUUAAUGUGAUGCACUGUCAAUAUAAAAAGGGGAAAAACAGCACGCUGUGUUCUGUUUACAAGAAUGACUAUUGAAUUAUCAUUUCCUUAUAGCUGUAUUUCUCCAAAUGUGAGGGCAGUGUACUUUGUUUCUGCUUACAUGGCCCUUAUCUCUCCUUAAGCUUUUUCUUUGUCAAACAGCAGCUACUCUCAAACUAUGAGAGCAAAUUAUAUCCCCUUUGUUUUCAAGUCAAUAUGUUUUGUAUUUUCUUGUUCAGUUUGUAUUA